UUGAAUUCUAUAAAAGGCAUGCCAUCAUCUUCAUCCUAACAGUUGCUGGAUUUGAAUUUGAAAGAUAAUCUUACGAAGUAACGGAGUAACGUAUGUCUAAAAUGAAGUUUCUUGUCGCUUUUUGUGCUGCAAUUUGUAUCGUUGGCGCUAAUAAGGAGAUGAAUGGUUUUCCUAUUAAAGUACCACAAGGCGUGAUCGAUGAAUGUGCCAAAAAAUAUGAACUUACUGAAGAUGCUGUCAAAGAAAUCCUAGCAAAUAAAAGUUUUCCUAAUGUAAGCGAUCAACAAUGCUUCAGCGCAUGUUUGUUUGAUAAUAGUGGAAUUGUGAAAAAUGGAAUUAUCGAUAAAGACUUUAAAGACUCAGCAGCUGGCAAAGAGUGUCUAAACCUCCAGGGUAAAAAGGCUAGUUGUGAAGUGGGUGCUGAAGUGGUGACCUGCCUUCUCCAAAAAAAUUUUAUUUCUAUAUAAGCAAGUAAAUUAUUAACCGAUGCCAAGGACGGUGACGAAAUAAAAUAGUUUACUCAAACUUGAUGAAUCUUUAAAUGAAAUUGAUAAUAUUGUAUAGUAAUGCAUAUAUUAAUGUCUUUUGAUUAACGUAUGCAUGAUAAAACGUUAGUUAAUAUCUAUGUAACGGCACGUAAUAUCCGUUGAUAAAUAAAAAAUUAUAAAUAAGUAAUGAAUUUUUGAAAGGCACCUAUAAUAAUUUUUGAACAAUUUGAUUAAUUUUUCACAAAGAGAAACGAGCAUCAGUGCAGCAGUUAUUAGCACGCAUAUGUGUAUAAUUUUUUUCAAAUCUAUCCACGUUAUAAGAAAGUGUCAUAACGCAAUAUCGUGUUUUUCUUUUGAAAUUCUUGCUUAUGGGAACUCUGAAAAAUCUGGCGACGAGGAACUUGGAUAUUUCGGUAUUUUUGACCAUUGGAAUUAAUUUUCAUCAAAGUGUACAUAUAGUAAAUCAUUAUUCUAUUGGGCUUCGACAUAUUUGUAGCCAAUACUAGGAAACCACCGCCUGGCAAAUUGUAUAAAUCAGCAAGUAUUAUCCAUUCGCAUGUACAGUGAACGUUAUAUAAAUGUUGCAAUUUUCCAUGUAUUCCAUUUUGCGUACAAUUAAAAGCUUGAGCUUCUAACCAGAUUUAUAUAAGACAGAUCGCAUAGAAGUUUGAUGAAUAAAGUUUUUCAAUACUAAGUAUCGCACACUGCCAAUUAUAAUAUCUUCGAACGUUACAUUUUAUCUUGCAGUCGUGCGGGUGCAUUUAAGUAUAUCGUCAACGAGGAUUUCUGGAGUUGACUGCUAUGGAAGUAUCGAUAACUGCGGAAGUUCGGGUGGUUGCUAUGUAUACAAACGUCAUAACAACAAGUAUGUAUGUACAGUUCAAAUGGGAAAAGUAACCAUGUACUGUAAAUGAGAUUGAUAACUGUACUUUUU